AUGCAUCCGUAUAUCCACCCUUCUCCCUUUCUUGAAGCUGAACCAAAGCCCAAUGCUAGGCAAAUCAAAGAGCUGUCGACCAAAGUGCGAGAAUAUGAGUCCAUGUUGAGUGAGAUCAGGGAUCUUCCCGGCUCCCCUGCUAAGCGCAUCAGGGAUCUAUUACAGAAGUACGAUCCAGAUUCAGGUUAUGCUUCCAAUGCAACACCCCUUGACUUAUUCCAGGACCAGGGUAAGCCCGAUCGGUCCAGUUCUCCUUCCUCCAUCGGAUCACUAGAGGCAGUGGACCGGGUUGAAGAUGACAUUAACCGAACUGAAAAUUCUCGUGCCACUGGAUUCUUGGGUAAAAGCUCAGAAAUUACAUGGCUCAAGCGGCUAAAGGAAGAAGAACAGCAAUCGCUAAAGUCAACACCUGACGAUGAUCGCCUCUCCGGUGACCGAAUUCCUCCGCAUACCAUUAAUUAUCAUCUCGAUGACUUGAGCAUCGAUGUCCCGGAGGCAGUACAAAUGUAUUGGGUACCUCCACGAGAGGUGGCAGAUCGUCUGUUUGAAACUUAUCUGCUCAUGGUUCACCCACAGUACCCCAUCAUUAACCGGACUCAGUUCUCGGUCCAGUACAGGAACUUUUUUGACAGAACCCAUCUGCCAAGCGAUAGGUGGAUGGCAGUGCUCAACAUGGUCUUUGCGAUAGCCUCAAAUAUCUCUUGUAAUACUGGUAUAGCAGGGCCAGGGUCUGCCCGAGAUCACCUCCUUUAUAUGACCCGUGCUAGAAUGUUUGGCAUGGGCGGCGAUAACCUAUUUCGACAUCCGGACCUUCAACAGGUGCAAGUAGAGGGUUUGAUCGCAUUUCAUCUGCUGUCUAUAAACCAGAUUAACAGGGCGUGGAGGAUCUCAGUUCUGGCAGUCCGAUCCGCAAUCUCUCUCGGUAUCAACCUGAAGAAUGAAAGUCAUUCAAUUUCAGGUCACACCAAAGAGUUACAUUGUCGAAUUUGGUGGUGUCUGUUUACAGUCGAGCACAAGCUGGGUUUGAUGACUGGCCGGAAAACAGCGAUCUCGUUCAAGACAUUCAGCUCUCAAUUGCCACUUCCUUUGGAUGAAGAUCAAUUGCUGGAGCCCUCAGCUAUUCGGUUGCUCGAAAAUCUCGAAGUGAGAGAACAACGCCUGAACAGAGCAAUGACGAGCCCUUGUCUACUGCAAAUGGACAGCAAGCCAACCAAGGAUACACUACUAGGGCGCUCAUGGCUUCGAUCCCUACCUGCCGGGGCGGCGGUUUACUUUCUAUACCAGUGCGAUCUCACGGCCUUAACUCAAGAAAUUUUGAACCGGGUUUACUCCGUCGAGUGUGCGAUGCUGUCAUGGGAAGAGAUCAAGGGCCGUAUCAACCAUCUUGAGACGACCGUCGAUAGUUGGUUAUCAAAUCUUCCGCCAGCGCUGAAAUUCACUCACCUGGAAGAAGAGAACAGUGAAGCCCAACGGGCGAAAACCAGCUUGGCAUUCCACUACUACAGCACACAAAUCAUGCUUGGUCGGCCGUGCCUUUGCCGACAUACCACACAGAACAAAGAAGACGAUAUUCAUGGCUUCACAUACCGUAUGAGCGUGUCGACUCUGGAUUCCGCGAUGCACAUGCUUGAUUUAUUGCCAGAUGAGCCAGACACAACCUACAUCUAUCAAACCUGUCCAUGGUGGUGUAUGCUUCACUACAUCAUGCAGACAGCGACUGUGAUCAUUUUGGAACUGUCAUUUGGCUGCGUCCAUAUUCCAGAAAAGGAAAACAGUCUUAUGAAGUUGGGGGGGAAGUCUGUACAAUGGCUUUACGCAAUGUCUGGACAUAGCAUUGCAGCGCAUCGUGCAUGGCAACUAUGUGAGGGUGCACUUUCUCGGCUGGCGUUGAGGCUGGGAUACUACAGUAGCAAUUUACCAUUUCGCCCAAACGAGCAGCAGAUCAAAUCAGAAGUUGACUCUGCAUACUCUUCCUUGCUUGGGCAGCGUGAUAAAACAGUUGAACCCGGGACAUUGUCCGCCCACGAUGAUCAACCUCCAUCACAAACCCAUUCCCAGGAAGACUCUAUCGCAAGCUGGGGUGGCAUUAAUUCAAAUCUUGCAGAUUUAUUGGGGUCUGAACUUUCAUCUGCGCCAGGUACGCAUGGCGGCAGUGCAAGUGACAUGCAUUUCCCGUAUGAUCCGAUCACCGGAGAGUUUUUACGUGCUUUCUUCCCCGAGUUGAAAGAAGAACAGUGGGGCUUAUAG